UCCGCUGCCGCCGCCGCCACCGCCACCGCCACCGCCACCGUCGAGCUCCGCGGGGCCCCGAGUCCCAGCCGAGUGUCCUCGGAGCCGCCCGCCGCGCUCCCCGCCGCCCCUCGAGCUCCCCGAGCCGCCGCGCCUCCCGCUCGGCUUCCGUCCUCAGCUCCCCGCCCGCACCCGCCUUCACUCUGGAGCGGCCCGGGCAGCCGCAGCAGGGGCGGCGGCGGCGCAUCGAGGAGCUCUCCAGGUCGUCCCGGGAGAAGCUGCUGCAGUCCCGGGACAGGAUGUUUUCCAAGCUCACGUCCAUCCUGCAGCACGCCGUGGAGGCGCUCGCACCGUCUCUUCCUUUACAAGAAGAUUUUGUUUAUCAUUGGAAGGCGAUCACCCAUUACUACAUAGAAACUUCAGAUGAUAAAGCCCCCGUGACGGAUACGAACAUUCCGUCCCACCUGGAGCAGAUGUUGGACAUACUGGUGCAAGAGGAAAAUGAGCGAGAGUCUGGAGAGACGGGGCCGUGUAUGGAGUACCUGCUCCAUCACAAGAUCUUGGAAACAUUGUACACCUUAGGGAAAGCCGACUGUCCUCCGGGGAUGAAGCAGCAGGUUCUACUCUUCUAUACCAAGCUUCUGGGAAGAAUCCGGCAGCCCCUGCUUCCGCACAUCAACGUUCACAGGCCGGUGCAGAAAUUAAUCCGACUGUGUGGCGAGGUGCUUGCCACGCCGACGGAAAACGAAGAGAUUCAGUUUCUUUGCAUCGUCUGCGCUAAGCUGAAACAGGAUCCCUACUUGGUCAACUUCUUUCUGGAGAACAAGUCCAAGUCGCUGGCUUCCAAAGGAACUCUGAGUGUCAUCUCAGCUGAUGUCCCCAAAAGUCAGGACUCCGUGUCAGCGGACAGCAGCCAGUGCCACCAGCCGCAGGAGCUGCCCCGUGCUCCUGGGGUGGGGCACACGGAGCCAGAGGAAGAGCCCCCUCACCAGAUGGAUGAGCUGUCUGCAAGCUUGGAUGACCUCAAUGUCACCUCACCGCCAGAGGCCUCCAACAGUCGGCCGAAACAGGACUACAACUUAGUGAAUUCUCUGUUGACCCUGACAAAGAGCCCUGACGGCCGGAUAGCUGUGAAAGCGUGCGAGGGCUUGAUGCUCCUGGUGAGUCUGCCAGAGCCUGCGGCUGCCAAAUGCCUCGCUCAGAGCACCUGCUUAUGCGAGCUGCUGACCGGCAGACUCGCCUCCCUGUACCAGGCCCUCCCCCAGUCGGUGGAUCCCUUGGAUAUUGAAACUGUGGAGGCAGUGAACUGGGGUGUACCCUUUGCUCUUGUCUUCCCAUGCUGUAUUUUGCUUGUGUCCUUCAGGCAGGUGCACUUGACUGCAGCUGUUGCUCUCGCCAAAGCCAUCCAUGAAAGGUUCUUCAUCGGUGUCAUGGAGCCUCAGCUGAUGCAGACCUCCGAGAUGGGGAUCCUGACAUCGACGGCUCUGCUGCAUCGCAUUGUUCGACAAGUGACCUCGGACGUCCUGCUUCAGGAGAUGGUGGCCUUUAUCCUCGGGGAGCAGAGGGAGCCAGAAACGCUGUCGGAAAUUGGCAGGCAUCCCCUAAGACAUAGGUUAAUCGAGCAUUGUGAUCACAUAUCUGAUGAGAUAAGCAUCAUGACCCUGAGGCUGUUCGAGCAUCUUCUGCAGAAGCCCAACGAGCACAUUCUUUACAACUUGGUCCUGAGAAACCUGGAGGAAAGGAACUACACGGAAUACAGGCCUUUGUGCCCGGAAGAUAAGGAUGCAGUGGAGAAUGGGCUGGUGGCCGGAGCCGUAGAUCUGGAGGAAGAUCCAUUAUUUACUGACAUUUCACCAGAUAACAUUCUGCCAAACCAAGAGUGGAUCAGUUCACCUCAUGCCAGCCCAGACCACCCCAAAAAUGAUGGCAAGACGGAAGUCCAUAAAAUCGUCAACAGUUUCCUCUGUUUGGUACCAGAUGAAGCAAAGUCAUCCUACCAUGUCGAGGGCACUGGGUAUGACACCUACCUCAGAGAUGCUCACAGGCAGUUCCGAGACUACUGCACUGUCUGUUUGCGAUGGGAGUGGCCCGGAGCCCCAAAACCGCUGGAGAAGUGUGACUUAGAAGCAGCCUUCUUUGAAGGACAUUUUUUGAAAGUUUUAUUUGACAGAAUGGGAAGAAUUCUUGACCAGCCGUAUGAUGUGAAUCUGCAGGUGACCUCAGUGUUGUCCAGGCUGUGCCUCUUCCCCCACCCCCACACCCAUGAGUACCUUCUGGACCCCUAUGUGAACCUUGCCUCUGGCUGCAGAUCGCUCUUCUCUGUGAUUGUCAGGGUUGUUGGUGACCUGAUGGUUCGAAUUCAGCGUAUUCAAGACUUCACCCCCAAGCUUCUCCUAGUCAGAAAACGACUGCUCGGCUUGGAGCCUGAAGGACAGAUUAUCGACCACAUCACGUUGUUAGAGGGUGUGAUUGUCUUAGAGGAAUUCUGCAAGGAGCUGGCAGCCAUUGCCUUUGUGAAGUACCACGCUUCCACCACUCCGUGAGUGACAUCACCGUGAUCUCUGGGAACCCGCGUUACUGUGUACAUUUCAUCUGAAGAGACUCAGCUCCACCCAGCCAUGAGAGGACGAGAACCUGAGAACCUUGUCAGUGAAGUAGGAAUCUGCUGCCUGGCUGCUGCCGGUGAACAGGCCUGAUGUUGCUUCCCUGGCUCCGUUAUGAUUCUCUGUGUAAACUGCACGCUGUUGAAACCCGGGAUGCAAUCAGAUCUUCUGGAUAGCGUUUCCAGUGACCGAAAAGCUGCAAAACUCCUGAUGUCAGGACUUUGCUGGUAUUUCUGUUAUUUUAAUAUCCUCCCAGGCAGCAAAGCAUUUUGACAUUCUCUGAGACUUAAAUGCUUAUAUUCUUUUGUAUUAAUAAGCAGCAAAAAAUUACUAAUUUUGUAACUUUUUAAGGUUAAGAUUCUUAUCAUACAAAAUAUUUAAGAAAAUUGUAAAUGAGAAAGAAAUGUAGCUGAGGAGCCCUCAGAAGACUCUAGGAGAUGAAACACAGAGAACAGCAUCAGCUUCUUCAGCUUUUGUAAGGAAACAAUUUAAUAUGAUAAAAAAGUAUUAAUUAAUAUAUAUUUUUAAAGAAAUGUUCUUUUACUCUUUUGUGCCAUGUUCGUGUUGAUUUCCCUGUGUGGCUCCAGUUUCUCCACACUCAGGUUUGCAGCAGCGUUGGGCUCAUUCGCCUCAGUGGUAGCGUUUGCUGAAGUAGUAAGUAUCUUGUAAAGCUAGUUAACACAUGCUGAGACUUCCCCAUGCCUUCUCUGAGAAUGGCUUUAUGAAACUGUCUCGUAGUUGACUUUCUUAGUGGAGUGGGCGUGUCCAGGUGGGAGCUGAGCAAGCCUGAGGAGGCCGUGAGGAGGCCGUGAGGAGGCCGUGAGGAGGCCGUGAGGGUGCCGAGGGCCUCUUACUGUUUACAUUUGCUUUCACUUUGUUCCCUCGUUUGUCUUAAGAGAUUCUAAAGAGAUUUUUAAAAAGUCUUUCUGUGUUGAGUUCACACCUUAGAGGAUUUGAGGAGCCUGAGUGUGUGGGAGUGGCCUGGAUGCAGGAUGUCUAGGUGAGCCGAGUUGCAGGGCACAGCUGCAGGUCACCCGCUCAGCCUGUCUCAGAUGUGGACUGCUGUGUUAAAACAGCAGGCGGCACUUUCCUCUCUGCUGUCAGGAGGCUCGCCUCGAGAGGGUCCGCCUCCACCCCCUCUGUGAUGUCACCAGAUGUGUGUGCAUAGCCACAGCGCGUGACAUGUGCUCAGAGCGCGUUUGACGCUUAGUUCAGUCUAUUUUACUAGCGUUUCUGAUUCAUGUUAUAGUUCAGUUUUGCUACUUAGAAACAAAAUACUGACAGUAUGAACAGCCUGCCUCAGGUCUAGGGCGGUCAUCCUUGUCAAAACAAAACAACUGUGCAUUUCCAACAGGAUGCAGAUCUUUCUUUGCUCAUUCAAGAACUCCGCUGUAACAACAGGAGACAGUGGUACCCUGCAUGGUUUUCCUUCUGUGGCUAUGAGUGAUGAGAAAUGGUCUUGUAUUUAUUGACCAGUUUGUGCAAGAAUUACCACAGCACCUUCAUUU